AUGAGCGAACCCAUCACCGAGAUCGCGCAUACGAAGCGCGCUUCACCGGUCGCAUCUAGAGCGCCCAGGCCUGCUCACUCACAAAAGCUCAAGGCCAUUGACAAAAGCAGAAGGAAAGAGCUUGUCCAAUGGCUCUUUGACAACCAGACAAGCCUCGCUUUCCAAACCACUGCCCCUCUACUCCUCACACACGUCUGCGUCCCCGCGGCGCGUCCGUAUACAUCCAAGUUCAUCAAGCUCUCAUAUUACAACUCGAACACUGGACAGUAUGGCGCCGGCCACGACGACCUCUGCUUCGUCGCAUUCUGCGUCGUUCUCCUUAUCGGCAUCCGCGCUGCGCUGAUGCGCCACGUUCUUGAGCCCCUUGGCCGGCACUGGGGCAUAUCAAAGAAGAAAGAUGUCGCCAGGUUCUCGGAACAGGGCUCGAUGCUGGCGUAUUACAGUGUUCUCUGGCCAGUGGGAAUGUACCUCUACUGCAAGGCGCCAUACUACCUCAACAUGAAAGAGCUCUGGAACAACUGGCCCCAGCGGGAACUCGACGGUUUGAUGAAGGGAUAUGUCAUGGUGCAAUGGGCGUACUGGGUCCAGCAGGUCAUCUCGGUGAACAUUGAGGCGCGGCGGAAGGAUUACUGGGAGAUGAUCGUGCACCACGCCAUCACCAUAUCCCUCAUCGCGGCAUGCUACGCGUAUCACCAGACCCGCGUCGGCCAUCUUAUUCUGGUCUUAAUGGACGUCAUUGAGUUGAUCUUCCCACUGGCCAAGUGCCUGAAGUAUAUCGGCUUUACGACCCUCUGCGACGUAAUCUUUGGCGUUUUCCUCCUGGUCUGGAUCUGGACGCGCCAUGUGUUCUACCUGAUGACCUGCUGGAGCGUCUACUAUGACCUCCCCCGAUCACUCAAACAGCCAUGCUUCCGAGGCGCCCCAGGCGACAUCGAAGGCCCAUUUGAUGCGCCGACCGAGGGCUGGUCCCACCUCCUCGAGCCCUUCAAGGACCCCGCGGGGACGGUGUGCUUCACCGAUGGCAUUCGAUACGGCUUCUUGACCUUUCUCCUCGCGCUCGAGGUCGUCAUCUGCGCGUGGUCAUUCUUCAUUAUUCGGGUCUCGGUGAGAGUGCUCAAGGGGGCUCCCGCCGAAGAUGUCAGAAGCGAUGUCGAUGAGGAGGAGGAGGAAGAGGAGAAGAUUGAGUUUGAGGAGAUUGAGGUCAUUGAGGAGAACGUUGGCGUGGAGUCUAUCGACUUGAAGGCGUGGGAAAGGUCACCUAGCCGGAAGGAGUCUUCGAGCUCGAGGGUGAGCGGCGUCAGGACGCACAGCGGCCGGAAAGAACUGCUCAACAGAAUUGGCUGCGAGAAGCAGAUUGAUUGA